AUGACUAAUGAUGAUCCGAAGCCGGGAGGUACCAGCGGCACCACCAGUCAUGCCAACCAUGUGUGUGAUAGCAAUUAUGAUGGCAAUCAAGAUGAUGAUAUUCAUGUAGAUGAUCAUGAUGGUAAUCAUGACGAGGAUUUGACGCCAGGAAUGGAAGGAGAUAGUGAGCAGCAGCAGCUUCCGCAGCAGCCAAUCAGCGCUUCAAUGCUGAUGCUGCAGCUCUACCAGAACCCGGGAGCGUUCCCCACUGGCAGGGACCAUUUCCCCUCAAACAUCUCCCAGCAACAGCAUCUCUUCUCCACCAUCCCCCAGCAACAGCAACACCCGAUUUCCCUGCAUGAUCCUCACGCCUCGUCUUAUCAUCCCGGUUAUCUCAUUCCUCGCGCACCAGGCGUGCUCUUCGGUCCAGCUGUCUACUCGGCUGCUGCAGCAGCUCACCCGGUCCCGGGAGCAGCAUCUGUGGGAGCAGCACAUGUGGGAGCAGCGUCUUUGGGAGCAGCUCACACGGUCCCUGGAACAGCAUCUGUGGGAGCAGCGGCUGUUCCUGUUGAGGCAACCCAAGCUGUUUUCUCAAGCGCAGUCGUGGCAGCACACGCGGUCCCAGGAACAGCAGCUGUUCCUGCCGAGGCAACCCAGGAUGCUUCCGCACGCGCAGUUGCAGCACGCGGCGAGGUUCUAGUAGCACCAAUCCCCGCAUUGGAUCGCCUGCAGCAGCAGCCAGCAGCCUGUUACCUUGCUUCUGCUUCCCAUGAGAUUGCGCUGCCUGCCAUGUUUCAGCGUGGAGGUCUAACUGGCGCUUCAUCUGCAGCAGCAGCAGCAGCAGCAGCAGCAGCAGCAGCAGCAGCAGCAGCUAACUUGGGGCCCAUCAGCGGAGCAGGAUUCGCCAAUGGUGGGGGUGUCAAUGCUGCCACUGUUACAGCCACAGCUGUUUUUCAACUGCCCAUUUUUCAGGUGCCCGGUUUCCAGCUGCCCGGUUUUCAGCUGCCCGGUUUCCAGGUGCCCGGGAGGCCUCUCCCUCCGCCACCUGUCAUCACGCACACGUGGGCGGGGCGAAUGCGCCACAGCCAGCUGCCUCAGCCUGCUCCCCUGCUGCAACAACUGGUACUAUCCCCAUAG